UAUGAUGGCAACUCCGAGUCGUCUGAUACUGAACUUGCUUCCCAGAGCGUGGGUCCUCCUACUGUGCGCCAAGCUUUCUUUUGCGAGGUGUGCAAGAUGAAACCCACAGUCGGUCCACGUUACAAAUCCAACAAGGAAGAGAACUACUUGUGUCAGAAAUGCUUCCUAGAGCAUGGAAGUAGCCAAGUUUAUAGUAAGAUUGACAAACCACUUAGGAAGUCGGAACCGGAGCGAGGACGCCUACACCCAGGUGGCUACGAUGAUGCCGAGUCCUCCGAGUCUAAACCUGAACUCUCUUUUUCUGAAGAGGGUUGUUCAAAUUUUCCUGCUGUGCCAUAUCGAGGAGUUUCGCUGAAAGAUUACACGAAGAUUGACAAGCCACUGGAGAGCAGUUCGAGCAGUUCGAGCAGCUCGGCAACGGAAGGUGACAUAUACAUCACGGGACACUCGCUGGGCGCCGCGCUAGCGCUGCUAAUCGGGAAAACGCUGGCGGCCGAGGAGAACCAGCGGUACCACGUUCACUGCUUCAAUCCGCCGUUCUGGACGAUCGUGCUGCUGAUUACGGAGGGGAUACGUCUAGACAAAGUGAGAGACAAAGCGAAAGAGGUGCUGGGGGAAUAUUCGCUGGAGCGUCUCAUUAAGGCGGCCCCCCACAUGAUGAACUUGAUGAAGUUGACAUUGGCGGCAAUAUAUUAUGGGGAACAGUUGGUGGAGGAGAUAAAGCAUUUCAAGGACUUAAUCGAUUGGGUGCCAGUGUUGUACAUCAAUAAGCAUGAUUCCAUUUGCUGCAAGCUCCCGAAGCAUUAUAAGCAGAAGCAAAAACUAAAUGAGGGAUUUGAAGUCCGCUCGCAAGCUUUGAUUUCGAAAGUUUUCGGACACGAGGCUUUGUUUUCGCCGCUGGUGCCGUCCGUCGACAUGCGCAUUAGCAAGCAGCCGAACAAGCCCCACGAUCUCAAAAAUUGGUAUCGGGAGCCUGCCAUCGACAAGUGUCGGCGGUAUCGAUUGCUCUCCGGCGUUUCUUACACAACCUAAUAUGUGGAUGUAUGACUGUGAUUUAGC